AUGUCAGCCACUACUAUGACCAUUGCUGGGAGGCCUACAAUCCGAAUGGGAUUAGGACUCAUGAGUCUCACUUUACAUCAAACUGUGGAAGAAUCCACCGCUUUCGAAGUCAUCAAGACGGCUCUUGAUUCAGGAGCCAACUUGAUUAACACUGCGAUGUUUUACGGUUCACCAGAAGACAAAUUGAGCAACCUGCGUCUUUUGGGUAAUUUCUUCAAAAAGUACCCCGAAUAUAUCGAGAACGCCAUAGUCAGCGUGAAAGGUGGUAUGGUAGGUACUUUUGCCGGAUGUACGGGAGAUAUCGAUGUACUGAGGAAAGAAUUGCAAACCGCGAGAGAAUUAUUGGGGGGAAAAGAAAUUGAUAUUUUCGCAACUGCUAGAUUACCCGAUGAUCGACCAUGGGAAGAAACUGUUCAUAACCUUAUGACACUCCAGAAAGAAGGAUUAUUCCGCACAAUCGGAUUAUCAGAAACAGGUGUCGAAUCAAUGAAAUUAGCUCACAAUUUAGCUGGUGAUCUCGUUUCUUCAAAUGAAAUUGAAGUUUCACUACAAACACUUUCCGAUCCAGCUAUAUCCGAAACCAUUAAAAUUGCGAAAGAAUUAGGUAUAGUCAUCAUUGGUUAUUCACCUUUCGGACAUGGUUUAUUAAAUGGUCAAUUCGACAUCAAAGAAAUGGAAAAGAAUGGACAUGAUUGGAGAAACUUUUUACCUAGGUUCCAAGGUGAUAAUUUGAAUAAAAACUUGAAAUUAGUCACUGAAUUGAAAGAAUUAUCGAAACACUAUGACAGAACAUUAGUGGAGUUGGUUUUGGCAAGUCUGAAUAAAUAUAGUUCUAAUAUCUUACCUCUUCCUGGAAGUAUCAAUCCGAUUAAAGUAGCUCAAAAUUCCGCUGCUGCCAAGGUUGUGAUAACCGAUGAGGAAUUAUACGCCAUUCUCAAAAUAGUCCAAGAAAACCCUGUAGAAGGGACCCGAUAUCCUGAGGUCGGAAUGGGAAGUUUGAUGAAGUAG